AUGUGGAAGUACGGCAAUGUGUUCCAGUGCACCAACCCUUUGAUUCAAAGCUUCAGGAUAUACAACUACUAUUGCUGGUACUGUCUCUUUGAUACCUGGAAUGACCGGAUGGAAGACUUAGACAAGUGCUGCAGGUUUCGUGCCGACUGCUAUGCUCAGGGCAAUAAAAUGAAAAACUGUACCUUCCGCUUAGGCGACCCGAAAACGACCUCCUACUCAUACUCGUGUUCUGGAGCUGUGGUCACAUGUAGUGAUGAAAAUGAUGCCUGUGAGGACAUCAUCUGCAACUGUGACCGCCAGGCUGCCAUCUGCUUCUCCAAGAGUUCUGAAAACAAGGGCCUUGUUGGAGGUUAUU